AUGUGGCUUAAGCGCGAUGUUGCGAAGACGGAGGCGCUCAUGGGGGAGGAGCAGUGCUCUGUCGGGAGCGCAUCUUCGUGGUGGACGGCCGGAUACCCUCGACAAAAGCAUAGGAGUCUUGCAGAAGUGGAGCUCUUGUCGCAUCUGGCUGUGAUAUUGGUGCCUCAGAUCCCCAUCAAGGAGCUGUUUCGAGAUUUUUGCGUAGAGCCCUCGGAGAAUUGGGCUUCGAGCCGCCUGAGCCCGGAUUUGGCCGUGCCUGGUGUGCUGAGGAGGGAGAAUGCGAUUCUGUUUCUGGAGUACGAUGGCUACUACCGGCAUCACCUGCCCUGCGGUAUUCAAGCAGACGAGCGGAAGAACGCAGCCUUGUUGCAGCACGCCCCCUUGGGUUCGCACAUCGUGAGGGUGGCCCAUGCCGGUCGAAACUGGUCCGAAGUCCAAGACAGUGUGAUCGAAUCUGUGGUGGGCACUUGGCAGCCAGGCGACACAAAAUCUUUGCUGCAAAGCCUGGGGCAAGUUACUGAUUGUCUGGCAAGCGAACUGACUGAUUCACUGCUAUGGUCCGAAACAAGUCGGCAUCUGCAGACCGCACGCCCGAUGAAUCAUGAUAACCUGGAGCGUGCGAAAACAUUUUUGGACCAAGCAGUGCUCUGCAAUGCACCUGGGACAAGAGAAAGCAGAAGGUGCGAAAUCGUGCAAUUUCUUCAGGAAGACAUUGGCUUGUCAGAGCUUGUUGCUAAGUCAGCAUUGCAGAAACAUGUUCAGUUGCUUGGAUACAGCAUCGAGGCAAACCUGAAGCCGACGGUGGAGUGGCUGCAUCAAGUGGGUUUGAGCGAUGCGCAGGUGUCCAAGGCCAUUGCCAAGUGUCCGCAGUUGCUUGGUUACAGCAUCGAGGGAAACCUGAAGCCGACAGUGCAGUGGCUGCACGAAUUGGGUUUGAGCGAAGGGCAGGUGUCCAAGGCCAUUGCCAACUGUCCGCAGUUGCUUGGGUUGAGCAUCGAGGGAAACCUGAAGCCGACGGUGGAGUGGCUGCAUCAAGUGGGUUUGAGCGAUGCGCAGGUGCGCAAGGCCAUUGCCAAGUCUCCGCAGUUGCUUUGGUUGAGCAUCGAGGGAAACCUGAAGCCGACGGUGGAGUGGCUGCAGCAAGUGGGUUUGAGCGAUGCGCAGGUGUGCAAGGCCAUUGCCAAGUCUCCGCAGUUGCUUUGGUUGAGCAUCGCGCGAAACCUGAAGCCGACGGUUGAGUGGCUGCAUCAAGACGUGGGUUUGAGCGAUGCGCAGGUGUGCAAGGCCAUUGAAAAGUUUCCUCCCCUGCUCUCCUACAGCACCGCCAAGAACCUUAGCCCGAAGUUUCGCUUUUUGCAGAGCUACUACGAUGCGGCAUCCAUUCGGGACAUGAUCGUUGCUUGUCCUGCUUUGCUGGGAUACAGCCGAGCUCGCUUGGAGCACCGGCUCAACAUUUUGCAUGGUCAAGGCCAGCUCUCCAAGCUAGUCUCUGCCAUGACGCUGACCAAUGCUCGCUUUAAGCUACGGGUUCCGACGUGA